UUUGGCACACCGUAGUGGCACUUUGCCUGUGAACACGAUAAGAUCAUCUUAUCUUGCAAAAGUCACUGCAAAGCCCUGAAAAUGCGGCGGCAGUUCUGGAAAGAGCCUCCGCCACUACGGUGGCCCGCAAACAUACGGUAUCAUCAACUCACGUGGGCGAAAUUUGGGGAUGCCGAGGUUUCUGGCUGGGUGGAACAAACGGCGAGAGGCUGACCCCCGAUCGAUGCACUUGACUCGAUCACUAAUCACAGAUUCUCGGGCGUCUUGACCGAACCUCUCUAAUAACUACUGCACCGUUUCACAUUCCCCACUUCUACCGUCUCAUCACUGUCGUUCUUUAUUCACUUACCGCGGCGCCUCCUCUUCCCUAUAUUCGACGUCUCAUUCGCAUUGCGCUCGUCCGAUCUCCAUCGACCCGCUAUCGUCGUUGCCACCGUCUCCACCGUCAGAGUCUGCUCCAUCAUAUUCGUACCUUAAGAUCGCAAGGACUCAGAUCAAGAUGGCCGAAGCAGUGUGUGGACCUUCCAACGCGCUGCAGCAAUUUAAGCAGCAGACGUCGUUGGAUCGCUCCCUGCAACAGGAUCGCUUCACAAGUCGGCGGCAUCAACCUCAAGGCUUUCGGUCUGCCAACGCAAACGCUGGUCUGUUGGACCCUGACUUCGAAGCAUUCCAAGCUGGACGCAGCACACCUCCAGUCUUGGACCAUAUGCAGCCAUAUCAAGCGGCCUCUCGCUUCGCGCCUCCAUCACAACUGCCGUCAUGGGCGAGCGAUUUCCAGCGCAUGUCCAUCUCUGCACAACCGCAGCUGAAACAGCAAAAGUCGGGGUUAUUCCCGGCCAGCGCUGAUUCCUCGAGCUGGGCGACUGGCUUUCGCGACCAGUUCAAACAGAGUGUGCCGCGGGCAUCCAGUCCUUCUCCUCUGGCAUUCCAGCAGAUGGCCCGGUAUGGAGCCACAGGUUACCAGAGCUCGUUUGCGCAGCCCAGCUUCGUUCCUGAGACCUUAUCCACGAAAGGCAAAGCGCCGGUGGUGGAUGCUUUCGACGAGGCCGCCUUUGAAAGAGCUUUUGAUCUCGCUCGAGAGGAUAUGAUGGCGGACGCCGACGUGCAAGUACAGGCACAGCCUGUCGAGGCAGUGCUUGAGCAGGUCGCAUCCACAACAGUGGAUGUACAACGGUUCGAGGAGCCUCUCUCGCAACGGCCACCAGCAACAAUGGAUAUGGAUUACGAACCACUCUCGCACAUGGAACAGCUGCCGGCAGUAUCACAGGAGUUGCCCUUGCAGGAAUCGAUGAUCGAGCAGCCGCAGCACGACGAUGAUGCCCUGGCCGCUACGGCACAGGAGCUACUGGAGAAAGUCGAACACAACCAGUCGGACAAAUUUAAGAACAGCCAAUUUUUGGGCCUGAUGCGAAAGUUGGCGGACCGCCAGGUCCGAGUGGAAGGCGAUAAAAUGGUCGAGACAGUUAGUCCCACAACUGCGAGCCCUGCUGUUGAUAUUGAACCUGCACCGUCGUACGCGCACACACCGCCACCCGUUGAUGCUGCCUCUUAUUUCCCCGACUACACUCCUGUCGAUUUCGUGCCCAACCCCGAUGCAGACCUCGCUCGUCAUAAAUUCGAUCAUUGGGAAUCGCCAUACGAAUGAAUUCCAUGACAUUUUCUCCAUCGCGAGCGUUCAUAUUCAACAAAGCGCUGACAUGUUUCUUCUCGGUAGGCGGACGCCGCUGUUACCUAUUCCUCCGCGGGCGCCAC